UUCUACUGUAUGAGUGCUCCCCCGCCAAUACAAUUUUCAUUCAUGUCCAGGUUUAGAUUACCUCGUACUGCACCCGCCAUUUUUGAAAACCCAGUUUCUUCCUUCUCCUCAAUUCCCUUCAAAACCCAUUUGCAAAAUGAAAACUUUUCGGAUACCAAACAGCAAUUUGCCACUCUGUGUUCCAAAGGGCGCUUAAAAGAAGCAUUCGAGAGCUUCGUAUAUGAGUUAUGGUUAGAGCCUCGUUUGUUCUCGACUCUCCUUCAAUCAUGUAUCUCCACAAACUCUGUAUUUUUAGGAAAACAGCUUCAUUCUUUGAUAUUUACUUCUGGGUGUUCCUCAGACAAGUUCAUUAACAAUCACGUUCUUAACCUCUACUCGAAAUUUGGGGAACUUCAUGCUGCGGUUAAACUGUUUGAUAGAAUGCCGAGAAGGAAUAUUAUGUCGUGUAAUAUCAUGAUCAAGGCUUAUCUUGAAAAAGGAAACCCUGAGAAUGCUCAGAAGCUGUUUGAUGAAAUGCCUGAGAGAAAUGUUGCCACGUGGAAUGCCAUGGUUACUGGGUUGACCAAGUUUGGAGCGAAUGAGGAGUCUUUGUUGUUGUUUUCGAGGAUGAAUGUGUUGGGUUUUGUGCCGGAUGAGUAUUCAUUUGGGAGUGUGCUUAGGGGAUGUGCGCAUUUGAGAGCUUUGGUUGGAGGGCAGCAGGUUCAUGCUUAUGUUGUGAAAUGUGGGUUUGAGUUUAAUUCGGUUGUUGGAUGCUCUUUGGCUCAUAUGUAUAUGAAAGCGGGAAGCUUGCAUGAUGGGGAGAGAAUUAUCAAAUGGAUGCCGAACUGUAAUUUGGUUGCUUGGAAUACACUUAUGGCUGGAAAAGCUCAAAAUAGGUACUUUGAGGGAGUUUUGGAUCAUUACUGUAUGAUGAAAAUGGCAGGAUUUAGACCAGAUAAGAUUAGUUUUGUGAGUGUGAUCAGUUCGUGUUCAGAGUUAGCAACCCUUUGUCAAGGGAAGCAGAUUCAUGCUGAGGUAAUUAAAGCCGGAGCAAGUUCUGUAGUUUCUGUAAUUAGUUCAUUGGUUAGUAUGUACUCUAAAUGUGGAAGUUUGCAAGGUUCCAUCAAAGCUUUUUAUGAAUGCGAAGAGCGAGAUGUUGUAUUAUGGAGCUCAAUGAUUGCUGCUUAUGGGUUUCAUGGUCAAGGGGAAAGAGCCAUCAAGCUAUUCAAUGAUAUGGAGCGGGAGAAUUUGGCGGGAAAUGAAGUUACGUUCUUGAGUUUGCUAUAUGCUUGUAGUCAUUGUGGACUGAAGGAUAAAGGACUUGGUUUCUUUGAUAUGAUGGUAGAGAAGUAUGGACUCAAGGCUAGACUAGAACAUUAUACUUGUGUGGUUGACCUACUAGGCAGGUCUGGUUGUUUAGACGAGGCAGAGGCUAUGAUACGAUCCAUGCCUGUAAUAGCAGAUGCAAUUAUAUGGAAAACAUUAUUAUCUGCAUGUAAAAUCCACAAGAAUGAAGAAAUGGCAAGAAGGGUUGCUGAAGAAGUUCUUAGGAUUGAUCCUCAAGACUCAGCUUCAUAUGUUAUACUUGCUGGUAUUCAUGCUUCAGCCAAGAGGUGGCAGAAUGUUUCUGAGGUGAGGAGAGCAAUGAAAGACAAGAUGGUGAAGAAAGAGCCAGGCAUAAGUUGGGUAGAAGUGAAGAAUCAGGUUCACCAGUUCUGUAUGGGUGAUGAAAGCCACCCAAAGUCUAUGGAGAUUAAUCAGUAUCUAGAAGAAUUAACUUCAGAAAUGAAAAUGCGGGGCUAUGUGCCUGAUAUAAGCUCUGUCUUACAUGACAUGGACAAUGAGGAAAAAGAAUACAACUUGACACACCACAGCGAGAAAAUAGCUAUUGCUUUUGCUUUAUUGAGCACCCCAAAGGGGGAGCCAAUUCGAGUGAUGAAAAACUUGCGGGUUUGCGGUGACUGUCAUGUUGCCAUCAAGUACAUAUCAGAGAUUAAAAAUUCAGAAAUUAUUGUUCGAGAUUCAAGUAGGUUUCACCAUUUCAAAAAUGGGGUAUGUUCUUGUGGAGAUUAUUGGUAAUUAUUUGUUCAUUAAUUUCCAUUUUGGAACAUGUUCACGAUCAUGCAGCAAUUGCAAGUAAGAGAUACUAUGACCUUUUUACUGUAGCAGUUUAGGCUUUCAUAUUAAAACUUGCUUCUCAUCAAUUGUUCUAGUCAAAUUUUGGAAGGACUCAAUCCAACACAAAUUUAGAAUGAAUACUCUUUUUGGUGCUCUGUCUAAUACCUUUGAUGGGCCCAAGACAGCUUGAUAUCCCCACUGCGUGUUCUCAUAUAAUGGGUGAUUGAUUUGAGAGGUUACUAGAUAACUGCAUAGGAAACAUGUUAGUGGUUAAUGGUUUGGUGCCUCAUAUUUAGGCAGUAAUUGAGAAGGGGGUAUGACCACCCAGAAACGUACAAGAUGUGGACUCCACUAUUUCAUGACAGAACAUUAUGUUAUACGAUCAAUCUACAUUCCAUGAAAAGAUCAUUUGUUGCAAAAACUAAAAAUUUGAUGAAGGAACAUGAGUUAUAGAAAAGUGGCAUUCUUAUUCUUGUCCUUGUUGGCACCUUCAUGCUGAUUAAAGAUGGAAUUUUUACCCCAGCUAUAUCAGUUUUGCAGAUAGAAUAUACUAGCCAGUAUUUGUUGUUGCAACAACAGCAGCCAUCAUUGUGAGUCUGGCCACAAUAACUGCAACUUUUUCGAUUAUUAAGCAAGCCCUUGUUCAUGGAUGCGUUGUGGGAAUUAAUGUUGUAUGUAUAUCAAAGAAAUUCCUCGGCCAGAUAUAUAUUCCAGAUAUUGAUUGGGUCCUUAUUAUCCUUUGCAUUGCUGUUGCUUCUGGGUUUGAAAAUCAAAAUCAGAUUGAAAUUUCUUAUGCAGGAGUUACAUGGUGGAUGUUACAGUGAAGAGAGAUGGGACCGUGGCGCGAUGCAUGCCAAAGCCAAUAGGAAAAUAAUUAUGUGAUAAUCACGGUGCAAUGGGUUGAGAUCGUGGCGCGAUUCAGCAUCCAAUCGCAAGCUGCCAAGUGGAUUAAAUGAUGAAUUACGGCGUGAUGGUUUUGGAUCGUGGCAUGAUUCAUGCAUGCUGAAACCUACACAAUAUGAGAAAAACUUGGAAAAUUUGCAAGAGUUCAGAAUUUUUACAGAAGGAUUACAACUCCAAGCAUUACUACACGGAGUAGCAUAAAUAGUAGAUAUUUGGUGUAGCAAAAGCAUAACUAGUAGAUAUUUCAUCAUGAUUGUCAGCAUGCCAGUGUACCAACACGAUGUUAGUGUUUAUAAAAUAAUCUCUUAAGAGUUAUCUUUUAAAUGGUUAUCACUCAAAUUGCAAUGCUGGAAUCAUCUAAGCUUACAGCUUUGCUUCUGGACCACAAUUACUACUAUUCUUAUAAUGUGUAUUUAUACUGCAUUCUUGAGUGGACUUCUAUUUCUAUAUCACAAUUAAAUUUAUAGAAACAUUAUAAUCCUUAAUAUGUUCUCUAUGAUUCUGAAGUUCUAUUUUUAUUUUGCUCCCUCUCAUUUUCUUGUUAAAAAUUCUCU